AUGGGCCGUAGUGACAGUCCGACGAAAGAACACUCGAAGAGGAGCAAAAAGGCACAAACCUCUUCCUCUCCGUCUCGCGCGCCUUCUCUGUUCUCUUUAUUUGGGAAGAAAAAAAGCUCACCUUUGGAGAAAUCCCGCGCAAGAAUGGCGGGCCUCGGCGGCGGCGGCUGGGGCGCGGAGUACGACGACGACGACGACUGGGGGCUGAGCGCGGAGCAGCUCGACCAGCUCGAGCAGGACGCCUACCGCAAGCUCGCCGAGCGCAAGGCGUCCUCCUCCGCCGCCUCCACCGCCCCGGCCACCUCGCCGCUCCCCACCCGCGCCGCCCACGCGCCGGGGGCCGUUCCCUAUUCGCCGAUCAAGAAUAACCACCCAGCAUCCAGGGUUGCCCUGGAUUCUCACUUCGCCAAGGUAGAAUCACUUUCUCCUUGCCGGCUUAGUCAACCAAAUGGAUUGGUAAAUGCAGUUAAUAAUAGUCAGGGCAAUUCGUCUAAGGUAUCUGUACAUCUUUUCCUUCAUUCUACUUGUGUGGUCGCAGCGAAGUUCCAGUACAACCAGAAACUUGUGGAUGCAUUUCACAAGAUCCCCAAAGCCUGCUGGAACGGGAAGGAGAGGAUAUGGAUGUUCCCGCCAUCAUCUUUAUCAAUCGCAGAGGAAGUUCUUAACGCCGUACCUGGAAUAGCUGUUGAGGUCCAAAAAUUGGAUCCGCUGGUCAAGCGUGCCUUAACUGCUGCUUUAGCUGUCAAAGAUCUUCAAGGUUUGUAUGACAAGAUUCCAACUGAUGUUGAGUCAAAGCUUAUGCCGUUUCAGCGUGAAGGUGUCAGGUUUGCUUUACAACAUGGUGCUCGGACUCUGAUAGCAGAUGAAAUGGGUCUUGGCAAGACAUUACAGGUAUACGCAAUGGCUUCUUGCCUUCAUGACGCCUGGCCAGUUCUUGUAAUUUCUCCAUCAUCCUUGCGACUACAUUGGGCUUUUAUGAUUCAGCAUUGGCUUAAUAUCCCCAAAGAAGAUAUCUUGGUGGUGCUACCACAAACUGGAGGAUCAAAUAAGGCAGGAUACAGAUUAGUAUAUUCAAAUACUAAAGGAGAUUUUCACCUGGAUGGUGUGUUCAACGUGAUAUCUUAUGAUGUAGUCCCCAAGAUAAAAGACAUGCUUCUGAAGUUGGAUUUUAAGAUAGUUAUAGCUGAUGAAUCACACUUUAUGAAGAAUGCUCUAGCGAAGAGAACAAAUGCUUCACUUCCUGUUCUGCAGAAAGCUGAAUAUGUGGUUUUGCUAAGUGGCACCCCUGCGUUAUCUCGUCCGAUUGAGCUGUUUACUCAGCUCCAGGCAUUGAACCCAGAUGUUUACAAGAGUGUUAAUGAGUAUGGUAAUAGAUAUUGCAAAGGUGGCUUCUUUGGGCUGUAUCAAGGUGCUAGCAAUCACGAAGAGCUUCAUAACUUGAUGAAAGCAACUGUCAUGAUACGCAGGUUGAAGAAAGAUGUUCUUUCACAGUUGCCUGUUAAACGCAGACAACAGGUCUUUCUGGAUUUAAGUGAAAAAGAGAUGAGACAUAUCCGUGCUCUGUUUCAUGAGUUGGAGACUGUGAAGAUCAAAAUCAAGUCCUCCGACUCUAAGGAGACGAUGGACUCCCUCAAAUUUGCUCAAAAGAAUCUUAUUAACAAGAUCUACACCGAUUCAGCUGAAGCCAAAAUUCCAGCAGUGCUAGAUUACCUUGGUACUGUAAUUGAGGCUGAUUGCAAAUUUUUAAUAUUUGCACAUCAUCAACCUAUGCUUGAAGCUAUUCACCAACAUCUCUUGAAAAAGAAAGUUAAGUGCAUAAGAAUUGAUGGCCAAACACCUGCACCUGUAAGACAAACUUUAGUCACAGAUUUCCAGAAUAAUGAUGACAUCAAGGCAGCAGUGUUAUCCAUAAAAGCCGGAGGAGUUGGGUUAACUUUGACAGCAGCAAGUACAGUAAUCUUUGCUGAGUUAUCAUGGACUCCAGGUGACCUUAUUCAAGCCGAAGACCGUGCCCACCGGAUUGGUCAGGUUUCUUCAGUGAACAUAUAUUACCUUCUUGCAAAUGACACCGUGGAUGAUAUUAUAUGGGAUGUUGUGCAAGGGAAACUUGAGAAUUUGGGACAGAUGCUGGACGGUCAGGAGAAAACACUGGACGUGUCCCAGAGCGACACCAGGCCGAGCCCCUCCAAGCAGAAGACGCUCGACGCCUACCUCAAGCGUUGCAGCAACUCCACAGAAGCUCAGCCCAGGCUCAAGAACCCUAGGUUCUGAGUCUUGUCAGGCUUAGCUUAUCUUAAACUGUAAAACUGUAACCCUAGGUUUUGUUUGGCAUGGCUCUCUUACCCUUAAACUGUAAUCCUCCUGCAUCAACAAGGGAAGGAAGGAAGGAAUGCAGUUGCAGUGUCAGGUAGCCGUGUUAAGCACCUUACCCACACACUGGUAUAAUGAUCACAACCGUGCUGUAUUUUGGCCUCUUUUGUAAUGAGAUACUCCUACAAUACUUGGUGUAAUGAUCAUCUUAAGUAAUUAAUGCACUCCAGUCUGUUGAUUUACCUAAAAGAAAUAUGAUACGUAGUAUG